CACGGUAAUUCCGCGACUUCGCGUCACCAGUCGGCGCCUGGCAGCUGAACAACCAAAGCAGUCGCUCCAAAAUGUCAACAACACGCAAACUUCACCCGUACAAUGCGUCGAAGACGGUCAGACGAGCUGCCUCAAUUCGCGAACGAGGCUGAAUUCCCAUCAUUCCGCCUGCGCCGCCGCCACGCAUACUAUCUAGUUGGCUUCCUUUUCGUCUGCUGGAUUCUGUAUCCAUCGCGCAACGCAACACCUGCACCUGGAACUGGCGAUAAUAUAAAGGUCAAUUGGUCAAAUUAUGCGUACAGUGUGUAUGCAACCGAUCGCGGGGAACUCUGUCAUGCAGUUAUGGUCCUGGAAGCGCUCGCUCGAUUCGGCAGCAAAGCAGAUCGCGUUCUCUUCUAUCCCGACCACUGGGAUACCAAAGUAGAUAGCUCCCAGGACCGGGACAGUCAACUGCUUACUUUAGCACGCGAUACAUACAACGCGAAGCUUCAUCCUGUGAAGCUACUUGAAGUGGCUGGUCGUAGUGAGAAUGGGUGGAAAUGGGAUGAGAGCGUCACUAAGUUCCUAGCUUUCGGCCUCGAGUACUACGACCGCGUCAUCGCCCUAGAAUCGGAGAUCACACUCCUUGACUCCCUAGAUGAGCUCUUCCUCCUCCCUCACACUCCGGUAGCGAUGCCACGCGCAUAUUGGACGGAUAGCAAACCCUGGCCACUAUCGACAACGCUUAUGGUCAUUGAGCCUAGUCUUGACGAGUUAGAGAAGUUCAAGAAGCGCAUGUUGGAAGGCGGUGACCCUAUGCUGGUCGAGAUGCAUAGGUUUGACAUGGAGAUCAUUAACGAACGCUUCGAGGAGAGCGCAUUAGUGCUUCCACACCGACCAUACGCCCUUCGUACUGCAGAGUUCACGCGCCACGACCAUUCGGACUAUCUGGGCGGUGCGAAUGAGACAUGGGACGCCGAGAAAGUGUACAAAGAGGGAAAGAUUGUUCAGUUCAGUGAUCGACCGCUGCCUUCUCCCAUGGUCAUGUGGUCAGAAGAGUCAUUGAGGGAUAUGCAGCCGGAUUGUGGAGGCAGCCACGAGGGAACAUGCGCUGAGAGACGAAUAUGGAAGGGCCUGUACGAUGAUUUCAGGAAGAGGCGGAGAGAUGUUUGUAAGCUGCUGAGCUUGCCAGCACCAGAUUGGAACAAGAUUAAGGAAGAGUUCCGCCCAGCGACUGCGAUGAAACCAGCUAUUGAUGCGUCCUCAAAUGAGACUGCUGCUGCUCCCUCUGCUUCUGGCGGACCUCUACUUGGAAACUAGCUAGCCUUGGAUAUCAGCAGAACCGUGUGCCUAUAUCUUAUGUAGCUCUUAAACAUCGCUUGUGUAUCCUAGCUUGGAUGCUUCAACACGCGGCCCGACUAUAAAGUCUGCUAACCGACGCUGACGAUGAUCUGAAACUGAUGGGCAAACGGCGAAAACGGCACGGUUAUGCAAGGACGGCAGAAGACAUGACAACGUCAUCUUGGAGGAGACCGUAGCAUUGCCGCUGGUGGUGGCUGUCGCAUCAGGAAGCAAGCUGAAGCUUAUUUGAUUGCUACAAAUAUACACAG